GGGUCAGAGGUCGCGGUGUGGCGGGGACCCAGUGUUGCACGGUUGGCGUGCACGUGAGCGCACGUUUUUGCACGUUUGGGAAAGAAAACAACUUUCAAUCGCGAUGUGGGUCUUCAGAACUAUAGGUGUGACCAGGUGUUCCCCAGGUGUGUCAUCGUUCGCCAGGUGUCUCCACACCUGUUCAGCGCUGGAAGCCGUCACCAAAGCCAACCUGUCCAAGCUCCGCAAGAAAACCGGCUUCACGUUCGUCAACUGCAAGAAAGCACUGGAGAAGUUUGAAAAUGACUUGGAGCAGGCAGAGAAAUGGCUGAAGGAACAGGCUCAGAAGGAAGGCUGGGCAAAAGCCACCAAACUACAGGACAGACAGACGGCACAGGGGCUGGUGGGCGUGGCUCAGGAGGGGACCAUGGCAACCAUGGUGGAGGUGAACUGUGAGACAGACUUUGUGGCCAGAAAUCCCAAGUUCCACCAGCUGGUGACUCAAGUUGCCAUGGCAACACUCAGUGAUGUCAAGGCUCACCCUCAGUGGACCCUGGGUUGGUUAAAGGCCCUGCACACGGGUGAGGAGCUGCGGCAGCUGCGGGUGGGCGACGCGACCUUAGGUGACCUCACGGCCCUCACCAUCGGCAGUCUGGGGGAGAACAUCCAGAUUCGUCGCGCCAUGUACUACUCCGUCCCCCCCAUCCCGACCAAACACAUCGGCGUCUACGUACACGCUCCCGUUGCCCGGACAACAACAACCAGCAGCCAAUCAGCAGAAAGCUGCCAGCUCGGGAAGUACGGGGCGCUUGUCGCGUUUCGGCGGCGGAACACGGAGUUCCAGAACUUUAAUGCCGCAGAGCUCGGGCGGCGGUUAGGACAGCACGUGGUCGGGAUGAACCCACUAACCGUCGGAGAGAUGCCAGAAAUUUGGCAGGAAGAGAAGAGUAGUGAUGGGGAUAAUCGGGAGGAGGAGGGGAGUAGUACAGACAGUGAUGAGAAUGAGACACAGAUGCUGAGGCAGACGUUCCUCCUGGACCCGACCAUGUCAGUCGGGGAGCUGGUCAGGCAGCAGGGCAUAGAGCUGCUGGACUUUGUCAGGUUUGAGUGUGGAGAGGUGGAAGAGUCAUAGGAUCAGGCAGACAUUAGAAAUACGUAGGAUGUACAGAUGGGCCACAAAAAUGUGCAUUUAUAGAUAACCACAGAUCUGAUGUAUAAGUGAAAAAGAAGUAAUGUACUACUAGUACUAGCUUGUUUUAACAAAUGAGUUUUGUAACUAUUUCUGUACUGGCAGCUUUAUUUUCAGCAACUUGCUACCUGAAAUAUGUAAACAUUGUCACUUACUGUCUUACUGACAGUCUUGUUUGAUUCUGUUAUAAUCUAGGACAAAAAGCUGGGCAGAAAUCACUGUAAUCAUAACCUGCUUGCUGUAAUGAAGAAGCAUGUAUCAUAAACCUAAAGUCUGUUGUCUUCUUUUCCCCAGUCUGUUUCCUCACACAUCAACAGGUACUGAAAGUUCUGCUCACAAUUGCAAAAUGUAAAAAGACAAGUACAAACAUAAGAGAUCUUUUUCUCCCAUUUUUAUUGACAACAUAAAGUCACAAAUACAACAUGUACAUUUACAUCACAUGGACAUGUUUCUGAAACGGACCUGAGGUCUAAUCUCAUGUUCUAAACAAAACUGUUUUGUGUCAACAUUUAGUUAUUUUACCGGAACUUAAGAUUAAAUAAAUUUGAUGUCCUGGUACAUUCGGUGGGAGCCUGUCGGUGGCUCUCAAUCAAUAAUUUUAUUCUGUUUGCCAAACCACAGAAAAAGGGGACCAUGUAAAAUGCUUAUUAAUAUCAUUAUGGACAUGCUGGAGAGUUCCAAUGUUUUACAUGACGGAAUGCUCUACGUGUUUUAACAUGAGUGUCAGCAACAGUAACAGUGGAAUGUCUACAAACGGUACCAAAAUCCUGGGUUGUUCCUCGUACCAAUUAUUCUGCUCCUGGGGAAAACUAAAAGCAAGUGAAUGUGAAUGUUACUGUAGCCUGAUUAAAUCGCUUUACGGUUGCCGCAGUUCAACCUCUUGCAGGUGUUUCUGCCAGCUUUUAUCAUUAUAUACACACUGCCCCAGAUUUGAACACACUAUACUGUAUUAAUGUCACUCUUUUGUGAAUCAAAACAUCCAGCCUCUGCGGGGAGGGGCCACUAAAGCCGCGGAUGGCAGAGUUUGCAUUACAGUUUCUACACAGACCAAAGAGGUUUAAAAUGUAUUUAAGUUAACCUUCUUGCACGGACUAAAUGUUACUGAGUGUGAGAAACAUUUUGUGUCAACAAAAGUAAGGCAAGAAAUAUUUUUUUAUCAGCUUGAACUAAUAAUUGAGGCAAAUUUGUAUGAUUAGGGUCUAAAUACAUCAGUGAUUCACAUUUCUGUAACUACUCUGUAGCUGUACUUGGAACCAGCGGCUUACACCAGAUUGCACUUUCAAAUG